AAGCACGUUCGUUGCCACCGCGGCAAACAGUCGUGAACCGGCUCCCAAACGCAUCGGUACAACCCCUUCCCACCCUCUCGAAUCGCUCAGGGACAGAGUAGUGCGAAUCGAAAAAACACGAAAAACCAUCUAUUGCUGCGUUACAAAUCGUCAUAAUGGUAUUGUUUUGGAUUUGCAUGGUCAUCCUCAGUUCAUGUGCUCCAGAUAUGAUGUUGGCAAUUUGGCAAAUGAGUCCAAUGGAGCCACCUAGCUUCAUAGCAGAACCACCAAGCCUAAUUUAUUUCUCUAAUACUACGGGUACAUUGAUAAAUUGCCAAGGACAAGGAAAUCCUCAACCCAAUGUCACUUGGUUGCAUCACAACGACCGUAUUGUAAUGGACAUACAAAGACUUAGGGAAACGCAACCGAAUGGUAACUUGUACUUCCCACCUUUCCCCGCGCAAUUGUAUACGCCAGAAGUGCACGCGGCGACUUACAAAUGUGCCCUGGAAAACCCGGUGGGCAGGAUCAUCUCAAGGGAGUCCAGAAUUAAAGCCGUGAUGGCUAAAUCGUACGAGCUAUCCGUCCAAAAUGCGUUUGCUCUCCAAGGAAACGUGGCAGCGUUUAAAUGCCAAUCGCCAGACCUGACCAGUGAACAUUUGGAGAAAACUUGGUUCAAAAUGGAGGACUCCAGAAUGGAAGUCGGUCAAACCACGCCAAUACAUCCGGGAGGACGUUACGUCAUUUCAUUGGACGGCACAUUGCUCGUUCAUGACGUAGUACCCGAGGACACAUUCGACAGAUAUUUUUGUCAAGUGGUCAACAAGUACACGGGUGAUCAGUUGGUCAGUCAACCGGCUAAGAUACUGAUCAAACAACCGUUAGAGGACACGCUGCCGAUAAUUAAACACCACACGGAAAAUAUACACGUCAAAGUCAACCAGGCGGUAGAUUUGAUCUGCUUAGCCGAAGGAUUUCCUCCGCCCACCUACAGGUGGUUCCGGAAAAGUCAAGAUAACGUACAGGAAAUAUCCAUGGAUUCACUGACUGUGCAUCCUUAUCAAUCGCUGUUGCACAUCAUCCGAGUGCCGAUGAGUGACUCUGUGAUUACUUACGAAUGCGUGGUUUCUAACAAACUCGGUCAGGAUAAACGUCAAAUCUCCCUGUCGGCAACCUUGCCGUUUGCUGUUAGUGCGUAUCCGUUGAAACAAAUAGCCGACUCGGGUUCGACUGCAUUUUUCAACUGCACAACACAGGGUACGUCGAUCCAGCCGCUAUUUUCUUGGCUCAAAGAUGGUUCGCCGAUCCGAGGUUUUGGCAGACACGAGAUAUCACCGAAAGGCAAUCACUUGACGAUACACAACGUGAUGAAAGAAGAUAAAGGGAUUUAUCAGUGUCUUGCUAGAGAUCCAGACACUGAUGAAACAGCUCAAGCGAGUGUUCUUCUUUCGCUCGGGGCUGUUUCGCCCGAGUUGAUGGACAUUUUCCACGACCAAGUGAUCAGAACAAACGGUUUCCUAUCCCUUCGGUGCACAGCUUCUGGCAAUCCUCCACCCAGGAUAUAUUGGUAUCUCGACGGUGGGCUAAUAUUACCUCAAGGAGAUUACGUGUUCGGGAGUUACAUGCACGUAGACGGAAAUGUCGUUAGCUACUUAAACGUAUCCAUCGCUGAUGUACUACACGGAGGUUAUUAUACUUGUUUGGCACGAAACAUUCUAGGAAUGAAGUCUCACUCAGCGGCGGUUAAGAUUUACGGUGAUCCUAUUGCGAGACCACCUUCAAAUCUUACGGUGCGUUCGGAAGACGACGCGUACCUCCAAUGUCCUGUAGCUGGCUAUCCGAUAAUUAAGACGGCCUGGCAAAAAGACUUGGUGUCCAUUCCGAGUCAUUCGAGACACACGUUGUUCGACAACGGAACGCUGUUCAUACGUUCCACGCAGGACACUUUGGAUUCCGGUCUGUACGUGUGCACGAAAAUCAACGAGAAGGGACAAUCUGCCACGGGUCAUCUUUAUCUACGAAUAAUGAAACCGCCGGUCGUAACACCGUUUCAGUUCACGAAAGAUCUACAAGAAAGUGAACGGGCCCAAGUGUCAUGCACCAUUAAGUCGGGAGACCUGCCGAUGGAAUUCGUGUGGCGAAAAGACAAUAGGAUAGUGUCGACGGACAACGAGAUCGAGCUGCAAAAUUUCAAAUUUUCGAGUACUCUACUGUUUAGCAAUUUGAAACCAAAACACGCGGGUGUUUACACUUGUAUCGUCAGCAACUCGGUAGCUAGUAGCAAUUACUCGGCUGUGCUCAAUAUAAAAGUUCCGCCGAAGUGGAUCGUUGAGCCCGAGGAUACGGCUGUGUUGGACAAUCAGCUGGCGAUAAUCAACUGUCAAGCGGAAGGAUAUCCUGAACCGAGAUUGACGUGGACCAGAGUAUCGGAUAAUCAACCGUUGGAACCGCUGAAUAAUUUCCACGAGUCGACUGUGACGGUGUUGGGCAACGGUUCGCUGGCCGUCCGGCUGACGGCCAACUCGUACGAGGACAACUACACGUGCACGGCCAACAACGGGAUUGGAAAGCAACUGUCAAAGACGGUGUCGUUAAAAGUACACAUCCCGGCUCGUUUCAAAGAGAAAUCCGUCAGCAAGAGCGGCGUGGUGGGAACCAGGGUGGUGUUAACGUGCCAAGCGGAGGGCUCGAAACCACUGAACGUUGAAUGGAGCCCUUCCGCGGAGAACAUCAACACGAGGAACACGAACAAAGGGGUGAUAUCGGAACUGUACCUGAACUCAUUGCAAAGCAGUCAGACUGGAACGUACACGUGCAUGGCGACCAACCCGUACGGGUACGAUCACAUGACGAUCAACCUGGUGGUCAGAGAACCACCGGAAGCCCCAGGCCGACUAGACGUGGUGAAUGUGGGCACCAGAUGGUUGGAGUUUCAAUGGGGUCCGGCAAAAGUGCACGCGACCCAUUACGUGUUGCAGUUGUGCACGGGCGUCUGCGCGGGCUGGUCGAAUUAUACGGUUGGCGGCAGUCUGUCCUACACGAAAAUAUCAUAUCUGAAACCGGCCACACGGUACACGACCCGGGUAAUAGCUGUCAACGAUUUCGGUUCCAGCGACCCUAGCCCCAACAACACCGUCACCACUCUGGAGGAUGAACCCAGUGCCCCUCCGAUCAGUGUAGAAGCGAUUGACGUUGAAACGAAUCGAGUGACGAUUCGAUGGAAACCUCCGGACAAAGAUACAUGGAACGGCCAAAUCAUCGGUUACAAAAUAUCGUACGCGGACAUCAAUGAAAUCGCAGAAGUAAACGUCAAGACGACCGUUGGUCACGAACAUUGUGAAGUUCAAAUUACCGACCUAAAGCCGUUUACAACGUAUAGAAUCACGGUGAAAACUUUCAACAGCGUCGGUCCCGGGCCGGAUUCGGACUUUAUACGAGUGACGACCAACGAAGGAGUGCCGGGUGAACCGCCGCAAAAUGUGCAGUGUUCCCCGUUGACCGCAGAAUCGUUACGGAUGAGUUGGGAUCCGCCGCCCAUGCAAAGCCAUCACGGUAUUAUAAUGGGUUACAAGAUACAUUACAAAAAAGUACACCCUGAGUCAGGAUCGUUCGUUCUAAACGAGAUGAAAAAAACGACCAAUUUGGAGACGAAUCUGCACGCGUUGGAAAAGUACACAAAUUACAGUGUACGUGUUUUGGCGUACACCAAGGUCGGUGAAGGGGUACAAUCGAAUCCAGUGUACUGUCUAACCGAACAAGAUGUUCCCGGGGCUCCAGACAAUGUGAAAGCAUUAACGGUAACGUCCAGCAGCAUUCUGGUGUCUUGGACUCAACCGAAACGGCCGAACGGCGUAAUCAUCAAGUACACGGUGCACAUAAAACACAAUAAAAUCGUCGACAAGGAAAUAGUGUUCGGUGACAAGAGCACCAAGAUCGAAGUGAGACAGCUGAAGGAAUUCCAACGGUACGAGUUUUGGGUGACCGCUGCAACGGUGGUGGGCGAAGGACAGCCCAGUUUCCGCGUGAACCAGAGCCCGAACUCCAGAGCACCGGCCAGAGUGGCGUCGUUCGGCGAACACGUAAACGUCGUGGUCGGAACUAAGGUCACGAUCGAGUGUUACAGGGUGGGCAUGCCGACGCCCGUGGUCAUAUGGAAGGCACCGGAAGACGUCGAGACGAACGUCCUCUCAGACGGCAGCCUGUCCAUCGGCCCCGUGGACGACAAAAUGUACGUGGGCAACUAUACGUGCCACGUGGAGAACAUAUUUGGCAUGGAUCAGAUAUCUUACACGCUCCAUAUCCUGUACCCUCCGUCGCCACCGGAAUUCGACGUGGACCCCAUCUCAACCAGCGCUAUCCUGGUCCAGUGGAAACCGGUUAAACAGCCGGACGCGGUGACUACGGGUUACUUGCUGACCUACCAGACCGGGGACGAGCCCCCGCACAGGAUAGAGGUGGAUUCCGACCGUUUCACGUACACGAUGGACCGGCUGAAGUGCGGUUCCAAGUACACAGUAUCCAUGCAAACCGUGAACACGGUCGGGACGAGCAGGGUCAGUCGGGUUGAGGAAGUGUUCACCAAAGGCGGAGUGCCCAAGGAACCGAACAAGGACGCGGUGCUGUCGGUGAACUCGACCAGCAUCACGUUCACGUUCGGCUCGUGGCCGACGCAGAUGUGCAGCAUACACUCGUUCACGUGCCAGUACACGGUCAACGGCAACGGAGGCGUGUGGGUCAAGUACCCCAGACAGAAGAUGGCUGGCGACACGUUCACUGUGGGUCGGCUUCAACCGGCCACCGUCUACACGGUUCGCAUGAUCGUGCACACGGACGCGGGCGAUACGUCGUGGGAGCACAGGUUCGCGACCCGCACCAAGUCCGGAGGUGUAGUUCCGUUUCAACUGUACGACGACGGCGAUGGUGACGGUGGUGGCAGUGGUAACUACGACCUGGGUUUACCGAAUUUCGCGCAGAUGCAUAAAUACGUACCGGCUGUGUCGGCGCUCGUUUGCGUCAUAUCGUUUUGCAUUUGUAUAUGCGUGGUGAUACAACGAAGGAAAAAGGAUAGCACGCAGUACUCGCGGAACGGUAGCGGUGUCGUUAGCGGCGGCACAGGCGGCAGCGGCGGCGGCCCAACCGAGAGGAAGACCAGUUACGAGGUGGACAAGCAGAUAGAGUACGCGACGUCCACGCUGAGGAAAAGGGACGCCUCGGCGGAGAAAAUGUACACGGGCAGCGGCGGCAAGAGCAUCGACUUCGACGUGUGUCCUUACGCCACGUUCAGCGUGAUGCAAACCACGUCGUCCGGCGGCAAAAUGCCCGUGCACCACCGGGCACUCAGCCAGACCGAUUGUUACGAGACGCCCGAUCACAACAUCCACGGUCUGAUCGAUAAGUCCUACGAAAUAUCGUACAUAUCCAAUCAACAAACGCUUCCGUUGACAUCGGUCAAGUCGUCCAGGAAAGCCAUGACGCCAGUGCAUUUUAUGACGGACAUAGACGACGAGCCGUAUCGCAAGAAAUCGUCGAACACGGCGAGAAAACAGAGUUCAGAAUUAAGAGGAGCACGCAGACACUACAAUUAGAAGUUUUUUUUUUU